UCUGCUGGGAAACCUUGAGUCCUGACGUUAAUGUGGAUGUUUGACAUGUACCACCCACCUAAACAUUGCAGGUCAGCAGCAGUCCUUGAUACCAGUUGUCACCCUCAGCAGGACAAUGCAACCCGACACACAGCAAAAACUGCUCAGGAGUGACCACAGGAACACAACAGAGCUAAGCUGUUCACCUAGGUUCCACACACCCCAGAUCCAGAUCUUAUUGAGCAUCUGUGGGAUGUCCCAGGAUGAGCCUCAUCUACGUAGGUCCCACCCUGCAACCCACAGGACCCACAGAAUUCACUUACCACAGGACACCCCAGAGGUCCUGUGUCCAUGUCCCACUGGGUCAGAGGACUUUUAGCAGCAUAAAGGAGACCAACACAGUAUGGUGGUCAUAAUGUUAUUCCUGAUUGGUGUAUACCUCAUAGCAUUUCUGUGCUAAAUAAGAAAGUAAAGCAGUGGAAGCGGCAUAUGUAGAUGACCGGACAUCUCACACCUGUUAUUGUUUUGAUCAUUGUAUUCUUCUUGAUGUUCUUUUUUUUUUAACAUUGCCUCAGGAAAAUUGGCUCGUCACAUGUGUCUGUCAAAGGAUAGCAAAAAGAAAUGAACACAGAAACAAAUACAUAAUUUUAAAAAACGAACAAUUAUAGCAGGAUUUUCCAUUCACCGCAUUAAGACAGGUCAUGUUGGCAUAGGGUCAGUGUGAGGGUUGAAAACCAGCAACAUUGCAGUUUUUCAAAAUAAAUGUUUCGGCUCCAUGUGAUGAAUACAAAAACAAAAGCUGUUUCAAGUUGUGCUGUGUGAGGGAAUUCACAGGACUCGCUGUUUCUCAGACCAUGAUAAACAACAAAAUUGCAGCUGUCGCAAAAAAUAUUUGUAAACAUGUUUUGGCUUCACAAUCUUUUCAAAUAUGAUAAAUGUGAGGGCAAAAGCUGCUUCAAGUCCCUCUGAAUGAAGGAAUUCAGAAAUGGCUUAGAGGAGAGACCACAGUGUUGGCAUGGGAUGUGGAGGUGAGCAACUCAGUCUGGGUCUAACAGAGGCUCAUUUCCUCUUGCAUUGUUUUGCCAUUCAAGGUACUGAGUUAUGAUAGAGAAGGGACAGAAAGCAUAUGAGUGCUGGCAGUGAACAUCAGAGCAUCUUUGUAAUGAUAUUAAUGAGCUUUGAAAGCCUACAGUUGUCCUUAUUGGAAGAGAAAACAAUAUGGUGAGGUCAUGCUAUGGAUAGCAUUUCACGUAACACACACCUGUGCUCAGCGCAAGGUCAUUUUGUUUGCAGGUACAUCUACUGUAUAUUAAAUGGCCACAUUCUAUCGUGCCGUGAUUUCUGAUCAAUGACUAAUAAACAAAUGCUGCAUUUCUAAAUAAAAAAAAAUGCUGCAUUUCUGACUGCCAUAUGGGGGAAUGAACAGCCUUGGUGGAGUACUACGCUUUUCUUCUUCAUAUUGUCACAUUAACAUCCACAUGUACUUAAUACUUGAGGUUUUUAUUUGUACAUUUAUUUUAUUCAUUUAUUGAAUUGCGUAUGUAUUGAUUUGUUUAUCUAUUUCUCCUGAUGGCAGGUUUGGUCCUCCAUAGAAACGAUCUAACACAGUACAGGCACUUUAAAUGAGAGAGAAAGCAGUCACCUGACGAACAGGUGCGUCAGGUAGACCUUUGAACCAGGAAGGAAAAAAACUAAAAGCAGCAGCUCUGUAAACAGAAUGAAUGAUGGAUCAGUUCGACGAUGUGCUCUCCAGACUGCAGGCAAAGCUGGAGUUCGAAUCUGAGUGGGACGUUGUUUAUUUGGCAGUCUUCUUCAUCUUCAUUGGUAUGCUUCUUCUGCUGUUCAUCCUGGUCCUCAUCCGCUGCUGUUGCUGCUUCUGCUGUGAGGAUGACAAGCCUCGGAAACGGAGGUUUGGCAUAGACAACAUGGCUCUGGAGCCCUGACAGCUGAUGCACUGAUGAAGCUGGAAGCAGGAUGUAGACUCGUGUUGCAGUCUAAACCCUGUAACAAAACAGAGGCUUUCAUUCUACUCACCAAUCUAUAUUCAAAAUGUUUGCACUUUACCACCCAGCUAAAAAAAUUGAACAGAUGUGAUCUUUCUGACUGCUCUCUCUGCUGUAUUGGGUUUAUUGUUCAACUACCACAGAGCAGAUGGAAACUCUCAGCAGUCUAUUUUUUGGUUUGUUAUGUUUUGUUUUCAGUGUCUCUUUAGGUUAGAAAUCAAUUUCAUUUUGUCUGCUGAAAUAAACUCAGGGAGAAAUGUG